AUGCGCGCCUCCGCACCGACCUGCAAAGCGCUUGCCGCGCUGCGCUGCCGCAUCUUCGACACGACGUACAACCCCGGUGCUGUGCGCACGGGCGCCAAAUACCUGCGCCAGCGCCUCGUCGGCCCCGCGAUGCUGUCAUACUACCGCCCGCAGCUGAACUUGCGCAGCGCCAUUGCCUCGGUCGGCGGCUUGCCUGGCUGGUCCAAGGAGGACGGCCCGCUGCUCGCCCCGCACGAGGUUCAGCGGCUUACGGACGUCGCGCGGAGGAAGGAGAUGGGUAAAGGACCGCCCAAGAAGGGCGAGGGCCGAAGAGCUGCAAUGAAGGGGAAGAAGGGACGGUAG